CGCUAUCCCACUACAACCACUUACCCCUCCUUUGUCUGGACGACAAUCAGUAUUUUUUGCUGACUUUUUGCGCCGUGAUAGUGAAAAUGGAGACGCUUGGAGCUGUAAAUUCCCCUCUCUUUUCUUUUUUCCCAAUUGUGUUGCGAGCAAAUUCAUUCUAUCUCCACCAAGAAGUUGGUUGAGAUGGUUGGAUGAUUUCCCCACCUGUGCUGAUCCCCGCUGGUCCAGACUUUUCCCACGACCAUGCCCGCUCCCGAGCUUACCGCUGGGGCGAGGAUGGUAUCGCCGGUGUUUCCGAUACUCAUAAUUUGCAGAAUAUUGCGUUUUCGUUUUGGAAUGAGAAGGAUGACUUUCUCAAAGAACGCCUUUUCGGCCUCUCCAAUCCUCAAGGCAAUCAUGGCGAAAGCGUCAAGGAAGCGCACUUCCACCUGGAUAACACCCCGACGCAUUCGUACAUGAAAUACCUCUACAAGUACCCCCAGAAAAAGUUCCCCUACCAGAACCUCGUGGAGGAAAACGCCCGCCGCGGAAGAGAGGAUCGUGAGUACAAUAUCCUCGACACGGGCGUCUUCGAGGACAACCGCUACUGGGAUAUCUUCAUCGAGACCGCCAAGGAGGGCGACGACGAGGAGGAGCUCAUUUUCCGCGUCAUCGCCUACAAUCGCGGCCCCGAGCCGGCGCCCCUCCACAUCGUCCCUCAAGUCUGGUUCCGCAACACCUGGUCCUGGGGCCACGAGAACGAUGCCCCGAGGCCUGUCCUUGAGCAAGUCGGUCCCAUGGUCACCAAGUCCACCCACCACAAGCUCGGGGAGCGCUACGUCCGCUUCUCCCCGUCGCCCGCGUUCGCCGACAGCCAGGAAGACGUCUUGCCGCGCAUGCUGUUCACCGAGAACGAGACGAACAAUGAGCUGCUGUGGCAGACGGAGAACGACCAGGCGUACGUGAAGGACGCCUUCCACCGUCACAUCGUCGACGAAGAGAAGGACGUGGUGAACCCCGCGCAGAAGGGCACCAAGUUCGCCGCCUGGUACGCCUUCGACGAAGGGGAGGGGAUUCCCCCAGGCGAGUGCGCCGUCGUCCGGUUCCGACUAUCGCGGAAGCGCGAGGAAUUCGUAGACGAAGAAGCACUGGACGAGGUAGUCGAGGAGCGCCGGGCCGAAGCCGACGACUUCUACUACCACAUCAGCCCGCUGCCCAUGAGCGAUGACCUGCGCAACAUCCAGCGCCAGGCCUUCGCGGGCAUGAUGUGGUGCAAGCAGUUCUACCACUUCGUCUGGGACCAGUGGGCCAACGGCGACCCGGGCAUGGUGCCGCCGCCGCCCGGUCGGAAGCACGUCCGCAAUCAACAGUGGAAGCACCUGUACAUGGACGACAUCCUGUCCAUGCCCGACUCGUGGGAGUAUCCCUUCUUCGCCGCGUGGGACACCGCCUUUCACUGCAUCCCGCUGGCCAUGAUCGACCCCGAGUUCGCGAAGCGGCAGCUCGAUCUGCUGACGCGCGAGUGGUACAUGCACCCCAACGGCCAGCUGGCUGCCUACGAGUGGAACUUUGGCGAUGUCAACCCUCCCGUGCACGCGUGGGCCGUGUUCCGCACGUUCAAGAUCGAGCGGAAGAUGUACGGACGGCAGGAUCUGGAUUUCCUGGAGCGCGUCUUCCAGAAGCUGCUGCUGAACUUUACCUGGUGGGUUAACCGGAAGGACUCGGGGGGUAAGAAUGUCUUCGAGGGUGGCUUUUUGGGUCUCGACAAUAUCGGGCUCUUCAACCGAUCUGAGCCGCUGCCCACGGGGGGAGUUCUGGAGCAGGCGGAUAGUACGGGCUGGAUGGCGUUCUACUGCCUGUGUAUGCUGAACAUUGCGCUCGAGCUGGCGAAGCACCGUCGCAUUUACGAAGAUAUUGCGUCGAAAUUCUUCGAGCAUUUCAUCCUCAUCAGCGACGCCAUGACGUUCCGAUCCGGCGGGCAGGAAUCAUCGCUCUGGAACGAAGAAGACGGAUUCUACUACGACGCAAUCUCCUACGGCGAGCCCUGGACGCAACAACUCCCCGUCCGCUCCCUAGUCGGCCUAAUCCCCCUCUACGCAGUCCUCACCCUAGAACCCGAACUCAUCAACCAAUUCCCCUCCUUCAAGCGGCGCAUGGACUGGUUCAUCGAGAACCGCGCGGAUGUCGCAGAGCGCAACAUCGCGAGCAUGAAGCGCCGCGGCAAAGACGACCGUCUGCUGCUCUCGCUAGUCAGCAAAGACCGACUGGAACUGAUCCUCAAGCGGAUGCUCGACGAGACGGAGUUCCUGUCCAAGCACGGCAUCCGCUCCAUGUCCAAGUACCACAGCGAGCAUCCCUACUCGAUGGCUGUCAACGGGCAGGAGUUCCGCGUUAGCUACGUCGCUGGCGAGUCGGAUAGUGCUCUAUUCGGGGGGAACAGUAACUGGCGCGGGCCGGUCUGGCUCUGCGUUAACUUCUUGCUGGUUGAGUCCCUCCUUCGCUUUUACAUGUUCUAUGGGGAUUCGUUCCAGGUUGAGUGUCCUACGGGAUCUGGGGAAUACAUGCAUCUGGGACAUGUGGCCGAAGAGCUCCAGCACCGUCUGCAACAUCUGUUUGCGCGUAACGACCACGGCCGCCGUGCUGUCCAUGACAAUAACGACCUGCUUGACUUUGAUGAGCAUUGGAAGGACUACAUGUGGUUCCACGAGUACUUUGACGGCGACACCGGACGGGGUCUGGGUGCGUCUCACCAGUGUGGCUGGACGGGCCUGAUCGCCAAAGUUAUUCACGAUACGGGAAUAAACUGCCGCCUCCCCCAAACCCCCCGCUCCCCCUUCGCAGCAGCCUCCCACUACUUCGACGACGUCUUCGCCCGCUCCUCCUCCGCCCAUCCCAACCCACACACCCACCACCGCACAAGCAGCCGCCCCCACAUCCGCCGCUCCUCCACCAGCCGCUCCAUCGGCAAUCGCAGCGACUUCGAGUCUGCCUUUGGGGGCGGUAGCGCCACUCCCGGCGCGGCCGACUCCGCCGUGAAGGAUGAGGCUCGGCCGACUACUCCGGGCGGAUCGCUCAUCGCUGAUGAUCAUGUGUCGCAGUAUGUGGAGAGUCAGCUGGAGAAGGUGAGACGGAGGAAGUCGAUGGGGGCUUAUGAGGAUGAGUUCGAGACGCAGGUUGAUGGGACUGAUGAUGGGGAUCCUAAUGGUGGUUCUAAUGGGGGUGGAGAUGGAAAGGGGGAUGAUGGUGCUGGGCGUGGGCGUGGGCGUGGCAGGGUUUGAUAUACUUGACCAUAUAGUUGGUUGUGUGUUUUGAGGUAGAGUUAUUGCAAUUAUGCGUGCAUAUAUACAUAUAUCAUUG